GUUUUUAUUAUCAUUGGGUAUUGGAUAAGUUCGGGAAAGAUGCUAAAAUUACAGAGUGGUGUUUUGAUGAUAUUUUGGAAGCAAGAAUUAAUGUGGAUAUUUACGUUCAACAAAAUCAGAAUCAAGAUGCUUUAAAUGAAUCACCCGAAAAUAAUUUCAAAGAUAUAAUUGAUGUUUUUAAUAAAUAUUCAGAUACUAAAAACUUUUUUAAACCUUCGCACUUGAAGAUUAUCAAACAAGCUACACAUGUCGAUAUAAUUGAUAGAUUAAAAAAUUGUUUAGGUGAAUUAGAAUCUGACGAUUAUUUAGAUGAAAUGAAUAUUUUAACAUCUACGAAUAAACGAAGGCGUGAUGAUCAAGAGUUAAAUGUUUGGUAUAACGAGAUAAAGAAAUUACAUGAUAGUUCUAUGUCAGAUGAAUUCAUUGAAUCUGUAGAAAGUUUUUUAGUUUGUGAGGUGGAUGAAAUUGAUAAUCAAAGAGAAUAUAAAAAACACAAGCUAUUAGCAUAG